UUAUAGCCUAAAACAAGUUUUAGAUGGAUGCAAGAAGUAAAAACAAUAUCGAAAAAUUAAAACAGGAUUACACAAGAGUAUACCGAACAUUGCAAAUACUCAAAAAGGGUAAAGCAGACGCUAGAAUUGCUGAUAUUGAACGACGAUGCCUUUUUACAAAAUAUGUCACUUGCAAAAUGAAUAUUAAUGAAGACGUUGCUGGCACAUUGCUUCAAAGUGAAUUGGAUAAUUAUACGAAUUUCGUUGAUGAUAGAAAUGGUUUAAAUAAUUAUUGGAAACAAUUUGAUUUAUUAAAUAUAAACACCGAUAAUAAUCCCUUGGAGUGGACAUCCGAUUUAAAUAACACAAAUAUUGGCCUGGAAUUUUUAGAUAUGUUACCUUGUAAUACCAAAAAUGAUUCAAAUUGUAAAUAUAUGCAAUGCAUUGAUCAAGAUGUUGAGAAAAUGAUACAUUUAUGGAAAAAUGGUACAUCAUUAGCAGUAAGAAAAGUUCCUAGAGAAGAAAAAGAAAUUUUUAAGAAUCAAAUUAUACAGGAAAAAGUUAAGUAUUUAUCCAAAACAAAUCUUAUUAAUGAAAGGAUUAAUGUAAGCAAGCAAAUUCAUAAUUUUAAAAAUGAGCAAGAUCUAUCCAAUGAAAAUGAAAAAGGAAACUCUAAUAACAAAAUUUUAAAUUUUAAAACUGCACGAGAAUUAGCCCAACAAUCUAUAAUUAAUAAACAACCUGUAAAAAAAUCGCUCGGCGGUAGAGCGCUUAAUUCUCCAUUUAUUUGUCCAUUUAAAGAUCAACAACCGAAAGAAGAAGUUUCUAAUUCAAUUGAUGAAAAAGUUAAAAAUAUUGAACCAAAAAUGAUACAGCUUAUAAAGAAUGAAAUUAUGUUUUGUGGAAAUUCGAUUUCUUGGGAUGAUAUUGCAGGAUUAAAGCAAGUUAAAAAAAUUAUUAAAGAAAUUGUUGUAUUUCCUAUGCUACGCCCUGAUAUUUUCACAGGAUUACGAAGACCUCCAAAAGGAAUUUUAUUAUUUGGACCACCUGGUACUGGAAAAACAUUAAUCGGUAAAUGCAUAGCAUCUCAAAGUAAAUCAACAUUUUUCUCAAUUUCUGCUAGCUCCCUUACUUCCAAAUGGAUUGGAGAAGGAGAAAAAAUGGUACGAGCACUUUUUGCUGUAGCACGCGUUGAACAGCCAUCGGUUGUUUUCAUUGAUGAAAUUGAUUCGUUAUUGUGUCAAAGAUCUAGAACUGAAGAUGAAUCUUCUAGAAGAAUGAAAACAGAAUUUUUGGUUCAACUUGAUGGUACAGCAACUGGAGAUAAAGAUUCUGUAUUAGUAAUUGGCGCUACCAAUAGACCAUAUGAACUCGAUGAAGCUGCUCGUAGACGAUUUGUAAAACGUUUAUACAUUCCAUUACCAGAAUUGAAAGCCCGAACACAAAUAAUUCAUAAUUUGUUUAAAACAGAGUGCAAUAAAUUAACUGAUAAUGAAAUUUACGAAAUUGCUAAAUUGACUGAUGGAUAUUCCUGUGCGGAUAUGACUAAUUUAUGUAAAGAAGCUUGUAUGGAACCCAUACGAAAUAUUGCUUUUGAUCAAUUAAAAAAUAUUAAUAAAGAAGAUUUAAGGGAAGUGAAUUUUCAUGAUUUUAUGGUAGCUCUUGAAGCUGUUCGUCCUUCAGUUUCCCAAAAAGAUUUAUCAGUUUACACAGAAUGGGAUUAUACAUAUGGUACAGCAAAUAUACAUUCUCAUAAAUAAAUAACAUUAAUUUAAAUUAAGC